AUGAUUGACAAUGUCGCCCAACUCUAUGCUGGCAGCAGAGACUCAGCCCUUACCAACCACGGCAUCCAACAAGCUAUCCGCCUAGGCCUCCACCUGAAGACCCUGGGGCUUACAUUCACCCACCUCUUCUCGUCGCAUCUCCAACGUGCCGUGAACACUGCCGGCAAGACACGCGAGGCUCAAAUAACACCGGAAAGUGACGGCAAUGCCGCGAAAACGGUACCUUCUGUCGUGCAGCUACCGGUGUUGAUGGAACAGGACUUUGGCUCGAUGGAGGGGAAGAAAUUCCACGACCGUCCACCGUUGGAGCUCUCGAGCAAAGAGAAGAAGAAAGACAGCACAGCCUUUGUGCCUGUGGAGUCGAAAGACUCGAUGGCACACCGCGCUGACUCAUUUCUUGAUGAGCAUCUACUGCCGCUGCUUAGUGAUACGUCGAAAGACAUGACUCCGGAGGUCGCGAUUGUCUCGCACGGCAUAUUCCUGUCUACACUCUGGAAGCGACUACUCUUGCGAUUGCCGCCGAAGAGUGUGGUGCUUUCAUCAGAGCUUCAGGCGACGGCGCGACCGUCGCUGGAGCAUCUAGGUGGCUGGUCAAACACUGGCUACCUCGAAUUGCAUCUGCAGAGAGAUGAGGCCAGGGAACCUAGUCUUGCUCCGCUUGUAAUACCUCUCCCAGAACCAUCUUCGUCGCCUGCUGAGAUGCCGACUGCGAAUGAAGGCUUGGGAGAAGUUGGAGUACCAGAAGCCGCGACCGGUCGUGUUCCUCCAGUUGCGUCUCAUGCAGAUCCAUCGACUAGUCCAGUCCCUGUAUCAUCCCUAGCUACAACGUCACGCAUCGCUCAAGGAUGGUCAGCGAAGAUUCUCACAAUCAACGGAAAAGACCAUCUUCAAGGUCUGAAGCGCACUGGUGGCGGCGUCGGAAGUGCUCGACACGAUGCAUCCCAGAAAAGCAUCGACACGUUCUUCAAGCGCCGGAGAGUUGAUUGAGAUCUUUGCUGGUAAGUCUCAUAUUUUACUACUCCUUAUAUGCAGUGAUGAAAAACCAUCUUAUCACAGACCUGAUCGGAAUUUACUGUCGACCAAAAUUUGUACCAACUGCUGUCUGAUCUGCAAAUUCAUUCCGCUACUCCCUACAAUGUUCUUUCAAGGGCCCUGCUAACAAGUAAAGUCAAGGUGAGAGUGACCACGGUUGGCACUAGACCCUGAUUAUCAAUAUAUUAUGUUUGACUG